AUGCCCAUCGACCACGCAGGCGUCUACGUCCCCAAACCCAUCUUCCAGAAGACCCUGGACUGGUACGUCGCCGCCCUAGCCCCCAUCGGCUACAAGAUCAUGGCCAAACCCACCGAAUCCAACAUCGGCCUCGGCAAGACCGUCCCAGACUGGUGGCUCGGCGCCACGGACAGCGAGUCCUCGACCCCCGCCCACAUCGCCUUCACCGCCGAAGACCGCGCCACCGUCGACGCAUUCCACAAAGCGGCCGUUGCUGCCGGUGGUACAGACCACGGCGGCCCCGGCUUGCGUCCCGAGUACCAUCCCAACUAUUAUGGCGCCUUUGUCGUCGACCCGGCCGGCAACAAUAUCGAGGUUGUGUGCCACCUCCCCGCGUCUUCUUGA